GUAAAAUGAUUACAAUGUUUAUGCACUUAUCAAGUAGUUAAAACUAACUAACUGAAAAUAAGUACCCAAAACAAAUUCUAUCUCAAAGACUUCUUAAUUGAAUACCACUAUUAACACAAUUCUUAUAAUUUAUGUUACAAAUUCUAACUAACAGUAACUAAGUGUUACAAUCUCAACAAACUAACAAUUAACUUCAAGUUUGACCUAACUAAAACAACAAACAAGUUCCAAGGAAACUCCGAUAUCAUCAUCAACCAUUGAAAUCUUCAGCCCAUUAAAGAGUUGAUUAUCAAUGAUAUAAAAAUCAAUGUUUUUCAAUAAAUAAAUUAUAUUAAAACGACAGACAAAAAACAUCUCGUAUGUUUUUUAUUAUAUAUAGAUGCAUUAUUUUCGUCAUGUUUUCCAUCAAGAACUCACUCCACUUUCCAACACAACCAAUAAUGGCACACAAAAAUGAAACCAGUCAAAACACUACCGUUGAAAAAUCCCAAAACAAUAAUCUCCCAAAACUAUUCAUUCACGGUCCUCUCAAACUCUCUUCCAUCCUCCAACCACAUCCUUCUCACAACUUCCACAUCUUAAACCCUUCCCCCUCUCUCCCUCUCCACCAAUUCAUAUCCACCGAUCCUCAUCACGCCUCCGACAUCGCCGCCAUUUUUUGCACCGGUCUCUACCCCCUCAAUGCAGACAUUCUCCGACUUCUCCCUUCUCUCCGUGUAAUCGUCACCUCCAGCGCCGGAACUGAUCACAUUGAUCUCUCCGAGUGCCGCCGCCGGGGAAUUCAGGUCGCCGGUGUUGGAGACCUGUUCUCCGAUGAUGUUGCUGAUAUGGCAGUUGCUUUGUUGAUUGACGUCUUUAGGAAAAUUACCGCGGCGGAUCGUUGCUUGAGAAGGCAGCUUCAGUCUGCUUCUUGGGAUUUUCCACUUGGUUUUAAGUUGUCAGGAAAAAAGGUUGGAAUUGUUGGUUUGGGAAGAAUUGGCUUAGAAGUUGCACAGAGGCUUGAGGCCUUCAAUUGCAUUAUAUCAUACAACUCUAGGAACAAAAAGCCAUUGGUUUCAUACCCUUUCUAUUCCACUGUCUUAGACCUUGCCACUAACACCAGUAUACUUAUUCUCUGCUGUGAACUAAACAACCAAACAAGGCACAUUAUUAACAGAGAAGUCAUGUUGGCACUAGGAAAAGGAGGAGUUAUAGUGAAUGUUGGAAGAGGUGCUCUCAUUGAUGAAAAGGAAUUGUUGAGGUGUUUGAUUGAAGGUGAAAUUGGUGGUGCUGGUUUGGAUGUGUUUGAGAAUGAACCUAAUGUUCCUAAAGAGUUCUUUGCAUUGGAUAAUGUUGUUCUGUCACCACAUGCAGCUGUUUUAACUUCAGAGUCUUUUAGUGGUAUCAAACAACUUGUGGAACAAAAUUUGAUAGCUUUCUUUUCAAAUAAGCCUCUGAUUACUCCAGUUAUAUAGUUGAUUGAAUUGUUCAUACACAUUUUUUUGCUGACCCCUCUUUUUGAAUCCUUUCAAGGGGGUAGUGUGAAUGAUUUUGAGAGAGGCUAUUAAGAAUAGUUUAGAGUUUAUUAUCACAUUCUCAUAUGGUUUUUUGAUCAAUAAGCUCUAUAAAUAAAAUCAUUGUAUCUCAUUUUCUAUAUCUUUCAAUAUGAUUCAUUAUGUGUGCUGUGCUGCAAA